AUGGAACUAUAUGGAGAGAGUGGAUUUUUGGAAACAGAUGAGGCUACCCUGGACACAAGGGAAAUAGUAGAAGCUUGUAAAGCUAAGACUGAUGCUGGUGGUGAGGAUGCUAUUUCCCAAAUUAGAACUUACAACAUUUAUAUCUCUUAUGAUAAAUAUUACCAGACACCAGGACUACGGCUGUUCAGCUAUGAUGAGCAAAGGUACCCUUCACCAGUUGAACACAUGUAUGAAAACAUCAGUCAAGAUCAUGUAAAGAAAACAGUGACCAAUGAAAAUCAUCCUCAUCUCCCUCCACCUCCUCUGUGUUCAGUUUACCCAUGCAGGCAUGCCCAGGUGAUGAAGAAAAUAAUUGAGACCGUUGCAAAAGGAGGGGGAGAACUUGGUGUUCCUAUGUAUCUUCUAAUUUUCUUAAAAUUUGUACAAGUUGUCCUUCCAACAAUACAAUAA